AUGUCUUUCCAGGACUGGACUCCCGUGUGCUGGAACAAGACUGGCCAGCGCCAGAAGGGCGUGAGCAAAGACCAGGAGAUCAACCAGGCUCGCAGACGAGGCGAGGAGCUGGAGACAGAAAAGAAGUUUCUUGGUGGCCAGAACAAAGCAACAAAGGCAGGCCUGUGCCCCAACGCCCGGAAGAUUGAGGAGGAUACAGGUGACUAUCAUGUCGAGCGCGUCUCCGCUGAUUUCUCGCGUGCUCUCCAGCAAGCGAGACAGGCGAAGAAAAUGACGCAGGCGCAGCUAGCUCAGGCCAUCAACGAGAAGCCUUCCGUCGUCAACGAUUACGAAAACGGCAGAGCGAUUCCAAAUGGAGCGGUAGUUCAAAAGUUGAACAGGGCUCUUGGCGUGAGCCUUCCGAAGGCUAAGGAGAAGAGAAAGCCCGUAGCGUAG